AUGGGCUCUGAAGAAUCGGCAGUCCAUCCUUUAGAUGAGGUCACCAAUGGAAAUUCUCAGGGCAUAAAAGAUGCAUCCAUUGAGAAUCUGCGUCCCGUUAGCGUUAUCGUCAUUGGAGCUGGCUUUUCUGGGAUUUAUUGCGGUGUCCGAAUACCCGAGCGACUUCGCAAUGUCAAUUUGAAGAUAUAUGAGAAGAAUGCUGGAGUGGGAGGAACAUGGUACGAGAACAGAUACCCAGGCUGUGCCUGUGAUAUUCCAUCACACUCUUACCAGUAUACUUUUGCUCCCAAUCCAAACUGGAGCAGCUUUUAUGCUCCUGCGCCAGAAAUUCGACAAUAUUUGGAAGAUGUUGUGAAGAGGUUUUCGGUGGACAGAUUUAUCAAAUGUUUGCACAAAGUUGUUGGUGCUCAAUGGGACGACAAAAAGGCAAAAUGGGAGGUCCGGGUCGAGAAUCUCGAGACAAGAGAGAUUUUUACUGAUGAAGCCGACGUUGUGAUUAGUGCCCGAGGAACCUUGAACGACAUAUCCUGGCCGAAAAUCGAAGGACUGUCUGACAUCAAGAUUCCUGUUAUGCAUUCUGCAGCCUGGGACAAGAACUAUGACUUCAAAAACAAACGAAUUGGCGUCAUCGGAGGUGGCAGUAGCGCCAUACAGAUCAUUCCUUCGCUGCAGAAAGUUCCUGGAACACAGCUGAGUUGCUUUAUCAGGAGCAAGACAUGGAUCUCUAGGCCGUUUGGUGACGUUGCAAUGGAGAAGCUUGGAAUUAAAGACAAACAAUUUUCUGCAGAGCAGAAAGCUCGGUUUGCAAACGAUCCAGAGCACUACUUGGAGUUCCGGACAAUAAUCGAACGGGAUGGAAAUUCAGUGCACGCUAUGACAUUGAAAGACAGUAAACAUCAAGAAUCGGCAAGGGACGAUUUUACGGAACUCAUGAAAGAAAGACUUGCAAAAAAGCCAGAGAUUUUCGAGGCGCUCCUACCCUCAUUCAGUGUAGGCUGCCGAAGACUCACGCCAGGACCUGGAUAUCUCGAAGCACUUGUAGAAGAUAACGUCGAUUUCAUUGACACGCCUAUCCUAAAAGCAAGCGCGAAUGGUCUGAUACUCAAAGGUGGUGAAGAAAAGGAACUAGACGUUCUCAUAUGUGCAACAGGGUUUCAAGCAUCCGCCCCUCCUCCAUUUCCGGUCAUUGGAAGAAACGGCCAGUCCAUGAAGGAAAAGUUCGAGCCAUACGCAGAGACUUACCUAUCUCUGGCCACUGAUGGGUUUCCCAACUACUUCAUGAUGUUAGGACCUAAUGCCGCGAUUGGCACUGGUUCAUUGACGACAAUGAUGGAGAUGGCUGGUGACUACAUCAUUAAAUGA